AUGAUUCAGAGCUUCAGCUCUUCCACAGCAGAAGGAUAUGCCAACCCAUAGUAUAAGAAAUGGAGGGCAUUCUUUGCUGACCUUGCCUCUCUUUAUUACAGAGGAGACCCUUCGCCUCACAUUGAGUUCACAGCACCGGAGACUGCAACUUGGAGAGAAGUCUACAGGAAGCUGAGCAGCCUUUACCCUACUCAUGCCUGUAUGCAGUACCUGGAUGCCUUCCAGCAGCUGGAGAAAUACUGUGGCUACCAAGAGGAUAGCAUACCUAAACUUCAGGACGUCUUCGGAUUUUUAAAAGAGAGAACAGGUUUCCAGCUGAGACCAGCUGCAGGACUGCCGUCUGCUCGUGACUUCCUUGCCAGCCUGGCAUUUCGGGCCUUCCAGAGCACACAGUAUCUAAGGCUUUUCUCUUCUCCAAUGCAUUCCCCAGAACCAGACUGCUGCCAUGAGUUGUUGGGUCAUGUUCCCAUGUUAGCUGACAAGCAGUUUGCCCAGUUCUCACAGGAUAUUGGACUAGCUUUUCUUGGAUCAUCUGAAGCGGAGAUUGAGAAACUUGCCGCACUUUAUUGGUUCACUGUGGAGUUUGGUCCCUGCAAGCAAAAUGGAUCGAUCAAAGCUUACGGGGCAGGACUGCUUUCAUCUUACAGGGAACUUAUGUACACUUUAUCAAACAAGCCAGAGUACAAGCCUUUUGAUCCAGAAGUGACUGCAGUUCACCCCUAUCAGGAUCAAGCCUUCCAGCCUGUCUAUUUCAUAGCAUAAAAUUUGGAAGAUGCCAAGGCCAAGCUUGAAAAUUACGUGAUGAUGAUCAAGAAGCCUUUUUCUCUACACUAUGACCCUGUCACAAGCAGCAUAGGGGUUACGAACACACCUCAGAAAGUCAAGAGGGCACUCUGUCAAAUGAAAGAAGAUCUGAAAAACCUCUGUUUGGAUCUUGAAAACCUCUCUUAA